AUGGCACCCGCGCCACUCCCGCGCGGCCACGCCUGCCUCCGCGCCCUGCCGCUGGUGGUCGCCUUGGCGCUGGCGCGCCUCCUCCCGGGCCACGCCGCGGCGCAGCAGGCCGACGAGGCGCGGCUGCUGCUCCGGAUCAAGCGGGCGUGGGGCGACCCGCCGGCGCUCGCGUCGUGGGGCGCCGCGGCCUCGCACUGCAACUGGACCUACGUGGCCUUCGACGCGGCGGGUCGGGUCUCGUCGCUGGCGCUGGCGCUCCCCAACGUGACGCUGGCGGGCGCCAUGCUGCCCGACGACAUCGGAGGGCUCGCGGGCCUCGCGGUGCUCGACCUCUUCAACACCAGCGUCGGCGGCGGCUUCCCGGCGUUCCUCUACAACUGCACCGGCAUCGCGCGCGUCGACCUCUCCAACAACCGGCUCGCCGGGGAGCUGCCGGCCGACAUCGGCCGGCUCGGAGGCAGCCUCACCUACCUCGCCCUGGGCUACAAUAACUUCAACGGCGCGAUACCGGCGGCGCUGUCCAAGCUCACGAACCUGAUCUACCUCGCCCUCAACGGAAACCAGCUCACAGGCACGAUCCCGCCGGAGCUCGGUUUGCUGGUUAACCUCGAGACGAUCAAGCUCGAGAAUAAUCUGUUCGGCGCCGGCACGCUGCCGGAGUCGUUCAAGAACCUGACGAAGCUGACGACCGUCUGGCUGGCCAACUGCAACCUCGGCGGCGAAUUCCCGAGUUACGUCACGCGGAUGACGGAGAUGGUGUGGCUCGACUUGUCGAUGAACGGAUUCACAGGAAGCAUUCCAACUGAGAUCUGGAACCUCCAAAAGUUGCAGUACUUGUAUUUGUACAUCAACAACCUCUCCGGCGAGAUCGCCAUCAACGGCCCGAUCGGAGCCGCAAGUUUGCUAGAGAACAAUCUCGCCGGCGGGAUACCGCCGAGCAUUGCCCGACUGCCGUCCUUAAAAUUCCUGUGGCUGUGGAGCAAUAACCUCACUGGAGUGCUUCCGGCCGAGCUCGGGAAGCGGACGCCGUUGCUGAGGGAUAUUCAGGUCGACGAUAACAAAUUGUCCGGUCCGAUACCUGCGGGGAUCUGCGACCAUCACCAGCUGUGGGUGUUCACCGCCUCGGGCAACCGCUUGAAUGGUUCGAUCCCAGAGAGUCUUGCCGCCUGCCGAACUCUCAUGUGGCUUGAGGUCGCCGACAACGAGCUGUCCGGCGAGGUGCCGGCCGCGCUGUGGACAGAGACGAAGCUCAUUUCCCUGAUCCUGCAGAACAAUGGACAACUUACGGGAACGCUGCCGAAGGAGCUGUACUGGAAUCUGACGAGGCUAUACUUGGAUAACAACCGGUUCGGUGGUCCCAUUCCUGGAGCAGCCGCUCGGCUCCGGAAGUUCCACAUCGCGAACAACUUGAUCUCCGGCAGAAUACCGGCAGAGCUUGUCACUGGGAUGCCACAGCUGAAGGAGCUGAACCUGGCGGGGAACAUGUUGUCCGGGGGAAUCCCUUGA